CGGUCCACCAGUGUCCUCUUUCUCCUCUGCCCCGUGCGUGUCACCCCGGCGAGGAUGAGUGCUGCUAGUUUAUAGCUUUUGACUCCUCCGUCCGCUUUUCCUCUCUUUUCUUCCGGCUUCGGGUUCCCUCACUCCCAUGCCGCCAGCUUUCUUGUGCUCUCCUCCCCCCACUAGGAUUUCCAGAGAGAGGGAGAGCAGAGGAUAGAGAUCGAGAGGUCAGGGGAUAGGCGGGUUGGCGGAUGGAGAUGCCGGCGGCGCCGCAUCCAUUGCCGCUCAUGUGCCUCUUCUUGCUGCUGCUGCUGCUGCGCUCGUGCUCGCUGGCCAGCGGGAGGGCCGCGGUCUCUUCCCCGGCGCCGGCGUCGUUGGCCGCCGCCGCCAAUGGGACCGCAUCCUCUUCUUCCUCUCCGGUGGUUCUGGCGCCUCCCCCCAUCGUGAUCACGGUGGAGAGGCACCACCACUACCACCGGGAGCUGGUCAUCGCCACCGUGCUCGCCUCCGUCGCCACCAUCAUGAUCUUCCUCACCACCUUCUACGCCUGGACCAUGUGGCGCCGGUCUCGCCAGAUCCCCAACGGCAAGGCCGCCCGGAGACCAGACACCACAACAAAGGGGAUCACGCUGGUGCCCAUCCUGAGCAAGUUCAACACGGUGAAGAUGAGCAAGAAGGGGCUGGUGGCCAUGAUCGAGUACCCGUCGCUGGAGGCGGCGACGGGCAAGUUCAGCGAGAGCAACGUGCUCGGCGUCGGCGGCUUCGGCUGCGUCUACAAGGCGGCCUUCGACGGCGGCGCCACCGCGGCCGUGAAGCGGCUCGAAGGCGGCGGGCCGGACUGCGAGAAGGAAUUCGAGAAUGAGCUGGACUUGCUUGGCAGGAUCAGGCACCCCAACAUAGUGUCCCUCCUGGGCUUCUGCGUCCAUGGUGGCAAUCACUACAUUGUUUAUGAGCUCAUGGAGAAGGGAUCAUUGGAGACACAACUGCAUGGGCCUUCACAUGGAUCGGCUAUGAGCUGGCACGUCCGGAUGAAGAUCGCGCUCGACACGGCCAGGGGAUUAGAGUAUCUUCAUGAGCACUGCAAUCCACCAGUCAUCCAUAGGGAUCUGAAAUCGUCUAAUAUACUCUUGGAUUCAGACUUCAAUGCUAAGAUUGCAGAUUUUGGCCUUGCAGUGACAAGUGGGAAUCUUGACAAGGGGAACCUGAAGAUCUCUGGGACCUUGGGAUAUGUAGCUCCCGAGUACUUAUUAGAUGGGAAGUUGACCGAGAAGAGCGACGUCUACGCGUUUGGAGUUGUUCUUCUAGAGCUCUUGAUGGGGAGGAAGCCUGUUGAGAAGAUGUCACCAUCUCAGUGCCAAUCAAUUGUGUCAUGGGCCAUGCCUCAGCUAACCGACAGAUCGAAGCUACCCAACAUCAUCGACCCAGUGAUCAAGGACACAAUGGACCCAAAGCACUUAUACCAAGUUGCGGCGGUGGCCGUUCUAUGCGUGCAGCCCGAACCGAGUUACAGACCGCUGAUAACAGACGUUCUCCACUCCCUUGUUCCUCUGGUACCCGCGGAUCUCGGGGGAACGCUCAGAGUUACAGAGCCACAUUCUCCACACCAAAUGUACCAUCCCUCUUGAGAAGUGAUCCUACAAGUUUCGUCGAAACGGGGAAAGCGAAUUAUACGGUCCAGCGUAGAUUGCUGUUUAUUUUGUAACUUAUAUCUCACCUGUCCCUGCUGCUUAUCUGAGGAUGGGUGAGAGCUCCAACCUGCUGCCUGCUUUUGCUGGUUGGGCAGAGAGAAUUCUGCUUUGGAGAGAGUUGUCUCACAUAUGUCUUUUCAUGUACAAAGAAACGAAAGCGUUUUUCUUUUCUGCUCUGUGGAUCUGGUCACUGCUGUGCAGAUCCGAAAUUUUUCA